AUGUUUACGAUAUUAGACGCUCUGGGAAGACCUGUGAUAUAUACGAUAAAUAUCAAUAACUCAGUCCUGGACUGUUUAGGAGUUAUGAUGAUAGUUGUAGCCAUAGAGUACAGCAAUAUUCACAAGCGGAUUGCCUUAAAGUUUCUGCUUAUAUUUGGCUGUUCUCAUUUUAGGCUGAGCUUCUUGAUGUUCGCCAUCAGUAUGGUGCUGUCCAUGUGGUGCACAAACACCAUGACCUGUGGUAUCAUGAUGCCGAUCAUGAAAGCUGUUCUCGGUGAACUCGAAAGAAUCCCCAAUUUGGAAGCCCCCCACUUCACGUUACUCACUCUGCCAGGCGUGCUUCUCAUGGAGAUAUGCCUGUACUUGUGGCUAAACUUUUACUUCCUUGGCAUGAUGCGUGUACAGAACUACAGUUCUCUCCAGGCGAGUCUUACUAGCGAGGAACAGCAGUACGUUGGCACACUGCUGGAAGCGCAAUACACUAGAUUAGGAAGGAUAAGUUUGCAUGAAAUGAUCGUCGGUUCCUUCGUUAUGUUAACAGUGAUUCUUCAAGCCACCAUCAGUUUAAAAGACUUGGUUAUUGAUCGUGAAACAUUAAAAAUAAACAGUUUCAUGCAUUCCCCUUCUAUUAUUUGUGCAGCGCUUUUUUUCAUAACACCUACAAGCCUGGAUUUCAUCAAGAAUUUUAGACAUAAUGCCAGUAAUAACGUUAUCUUCGAGGCCAUGACCUACACGAAAAUGACUGACAAAUUCGUCGAAUUUCUAUUGAUGUUCCGAGAUCUCCCGGCACCGGCACUAGCAUUCAUAGUUAUUCUAUUUUGUAAAAUUAUGACAGAAUUUGGCAGUAACUCUGUCGUUGCGACCUGCUUACUGCCCUGCAUUGCUAAUCUGAGCAUAUUAACUAAGAUAAAUCCACGCUAUCUAAUGGUCGGAGCAACACUCACAAUAUCUCUUCCAUUCCACUUACUACCAGCGGUACCUGCGUAUGCCAUGGUGGCCGCAUAUGCGGGAAUACCGCCAUCAAAAAUGAUGAUAGCAGGUAUUGGUCCAUCUGUCGCUGCGAUACUCAUAAAUCUUUUCACAACAACUGUGUGGUCCAAGAUUAUUUGGCCGGAUGUGGAUACCUAUCCUAAUUGA